AUGUGGGCCUCGGAGAACAAAUCCCCGGUUGAGGCGUUGGCAAUCCAGGCCAACACUGGGUCGUUGCCUCAUCAAUGCGCAACCUGGGAGUUUCUGAGGGGUGCCAACCAGCGACGGACUGCAUUCCACGUGGUGUCAGAUCCAGGGCAGCCACGGCAUCGGGAUUUUCUUGGCACGGACUGGGUGCCAAAGGGCCCAACCCGCCUAAGCCGAGACGAAGUGGCUCAGUUCUUGGCGCCGCGGCCAACGCGGCCAACGCGGCCGACGGCCUACAAUUACACCGUUGAGGAGGCCGCUCAUACGGCGCAUCAUUCCAACGAAGAGCAGCGGGCCCUACGGAAGGCCAUUGCGAAGGAUCAUUCUCUGACAGCAGAAGAGGCAAAGUUCUUCUCCCUUUUGUCGGGUCCUGUCACGUUCCUGACCAGCAUGUUCGCCAUCACUGCAGCCUACCUCGAGGUGCAAAAUGGCUGGAUGCUGUCGCAGAAAGCAAAGAUGAAGAAGGAGGCAGAAAGGCGAAAAGUGCUUCGCAUUUCACGCCGCGGAUGGCAUGGGGUUGGUCUGUGCCCCCUUCCGCCAUCCCGGGUAGUUCCGACGGCCAUGGCGGUGGGGGGACUGCCGUUUGAUCCCUCCCUGCUCUUGGGCUUCGGAGAGCCAUGGGACCAAAGCAAGGUACAGAUGCUGGACCAUGUGGUGACCCUCAUGUACUCAGGAGAUCAGAUCAAGCGGAACCUGGCACAUGAGGUUCUUACCAAGGUGAAGACGCAUCCGGACUCUUGGUUUGCGGUGGACACCAUUUUGGCCACGUCCAGUUCAGCAGAUACCAAGUUCUUCGCACUGAACGUGCUGGAAAAUGUGAUCUGCACUCGCUGGAUGGUGCUUCCUGAAUCUCAGAAGUCUGGCAUCAAGAAUUAUGUGGUUCAGCUGGUCAUCAAGAUCAGCGCGGAUGAGCAUUUUGCCACCACCCAGAAGCACUUCUUGACCAAACUCAAUGAGACCUUGGUCCAAAUUGUAAAGCAGGAAUGGCCGCAUGCCUGGGAGAAUUUUAUCCCGGACCUCUGUGGGUCGUACAAGACCAACCAACUGCUCUGCGAGAACAACCUGCGGAUCCUCAACAUGCUGAGUGAAGAGAUCUUCACCUUCGGAAAGUCUCACAUGGUCUCCAAAAAAGUGGUGAAGUUGAAGGAAUCCUUGAAUUCUCAGUUCGCAGCAAUCUACGAGCUGUGCAAUUUCAUCUUGCGGAGCCAUGUUCAGAGCCCGGGCUCCGUGAAACCCUCCUUGAUCAUCACCACUCUCAGUACCUUAGCCAACUUCCUGGAGUGGAUCGCCCUGGGCUUCAUCUUCGAGACGGAUCUGAUCCAGAUGCUCUUGCUGCACUUCUGGGACCCCUUGGAGUAUCGCAUCGAAUGUGCCAAAUGCCUCAACGAGAUUGCUUGCUUGCACGAUGGGGUGCAGCAGUACCAGCCGCAGAUGAUUCUUUGCUUCCAAGGUGUCGUCGAGAAGAUCCAGCAGCUGCCAGAGAACAUUCCCCAGAGUUCCGCAGGGCUGGCUGGGCAGCAUCGGAUCUUUUGGGAGGUCUUCCACAAUCAGGUGGCAUUGCUCUUGACCGGCUUCCUGAAGCAUCACAUGGACGCUAUGGAGGCUCAGAGCGGAUAUAUGAUGCCCGCCCUGAAGUAUUUGGUGCGGAUCUCCAUGGGUCCCAACGAAGAAACCUUCAAGAUCUGUGUGGAGUUUUGGCAGACCUUUAGCGCGCGCGUGUAUCUGCAGAACCAAUCGCCUUCCUUCGGUGCCAUGGGCGCGGGGGCCCCUUUGCUGAUGGACGGCAUGCGCCGGGAUGCGAAUCAGCAACGGGAAAGGCUGAAACUCUAUGCCCCACUGCUGGCGGAGGUUCGUCAGGUGCUGAUUUCGAAGAUGGUGAAGCCUCCAGAGGUCACCAUCAAAGAAAACGAGGAGGGGCACAUUGUGCGGGUGGAAGAGGAGGAUACAGAUGAGCUCGCAUUGUACAAAAUGAUGCGCGAGGCCUUGAUCUACCUGACCCACCUGGACCCUGAACACAUGGAGAAUCUGGUGCUGCAGCGGGUGGCACACGAAUGUUUGGAGCGGAAGGACACGCUGGAGCGCUGGUGUCCGACCAUGCUGAACCACUUGUGUUGGGCCAUUGGUUCUAUCAGCGGCGCCAUGCAGGAGUCGGAAGAGAAGAAGUUCGUGGUUUCGGUGAUCCGAGAUCUGCUGAAACUCUGCGAUCUGAAAAAAGGCAAGGAAAAUAAGGCGGCUGUGGCCAGCUGCUUGGCUGGAGCUGAUUUGGAAGGGCUGAUGGGGUAUUUGCAAGUCCCCCAACUCUGCCAUUUUCCUGGCUCAGAAGCCCAUUGGAAGUUCCUCAAGACGGUGAUCUUCAAACUCUUCGAGUUUAUGCACGAGACCUUCCCUGGGGUGCAGCAGAUGGCGGUAGACACCUUCCUCAGGAUCUGUCAGAAAUGUAAGAAGAAGUUCGUGGUUCAACAGUCGCAGGAGCCGGCACCCUUCAUUGAGACCAUCCCACAACACAUCGCCCAAGACAUUUCGGAGUUGGAACAUCUGCAGAUCUGCACUUUCUUCGAGGCCGUGGGGCACAUGAUCAGUGCAGCACAUGUGGAGCAGAAGGGCCGGCUGAUUUCGCUGAAUCUGGCGCUUUUCAAUGAGAAGUGGCAGAGUAUCCUCCAGGGUUUGUCCGCCACGGGCUCGCUUGAGAACUUCGUGCAGAACCACCAGGUCUUGCGGGAAAUCUCGUUGAUUCUGAGGGUCAAUGAACGCAUGGUGGUGGCUGUGGGUACUGCGUGUCAUGCACAACUGGCCAACAUCUAUUGUGAUAUGCUGAAGAUCUACAAGGUCUGCAGUGAUUUCAUCUCCCACAGCACUGCGCAACAAGGAGUUCAGGUGAUGAACUUCUCCAACGUCCGGCUGCUGCGCAACGUGAAGCGCGACACACUGCGCCUGGUGCGGUCCUUCCUGGACGCCGCCGACGCCACAGCGGCGCCGGAGAUUGCGCAGCGCUUCGUGCCGCCGCUGCUGGAGCCCGUGCUGGCGGAUUACCGCAGCAACAUCCCCCAAGCGCGGGAUGCCGAAGUCCUGGACUUGUUGGCCGUCCUGGCCACACGCAUCAGCGCGUCCAUCUCACAGGAGGUGGGGAGAAUCUUUGAGAUGGUCCUGGAAUGUACCUGUGACAUGAUCAAGGGCGACUUCCAGAGUUAUCCAGAUCACAGGGUGAAGCUCUAUGACCUUCUGAAGGCCAUCAACGCCCACUGUUUCCAGGCUUUGUUCUACCUGCCUGAAGCACAGGUGAAACUUUAUGUGGACUCUCUGAUUUGGGCCAUGAAACAUGAACAGCCGCAGGUGGCAGACAGCGGCUUGCAGGUCUUGUCGGAGUUCCUUCAGAAGCUCUUGACCAGUACACCCAGCACCAUGAACGUGGCCUUCUUCAAACAAUACUACUUCCUGAUUUUGCAGGAGCGUUUGCCUGGCUGGCUGAGGUGUUUCUUAUUGGUUGGGGGUUGGCUUCGCCAUUGCUUGGUACUUAAUAAGCCACGAAUAAACUCACACAUUGAGGUUUUGUGUCGAUGUUCCAGCUAUAGACCUGGGCCUGUAUCUGGACCCCAGACCUGUCGCAAGCUGCAGCCGUAA